AUGGGGUUCCUCGAAAGAAUCAACAAAUACCUACGGUUCUCAUUUGGAAAUAUUAGUGCCGAUGAAUUCGAGACGUUAGGACUUCCACACAAGGACUCUCGUGCAUGGGUCGCGCUUUGGGAUCCACUCUGUCGAAAGUGGUUUACAAGAGUGUGGGUCAUUCAAGAAACCCUUCUACCACGUGGCAGAACACUCUGGGUCGCUUGUGGUCUGGCCUACGCCGAUCACGACUCCACGGAAUUGCCGUCUUGGGUCCCAGAUUGGACGGCGAACAGUCGAGCGAUUCUUUUGGCGGCCUCGUGGGGACAAGGCAUCUAUAGUGCUUGUGGAGGGUGGGGCGGUAAUCUUCUUCAUGAUCUCGAUGCUCGAGAUAGGGGCCAACUCUGUGUGAAAGGGCUGCUCGUCGAUAGUAUCAUCAGAACAAGCGACAUUUUCGCCUUUCCAGAGAUUUCAUAUAUUGAUCCUGAUUCAACAAACAUUACUCUGCUCGACGCCAUUAGCUUUACAUCGCUGAUCAAAGAUUACAAACUCGGCGAGGCAUCCUUUACUGAACUUUGGCAUACCCGUGUUGCAGGAAAGAAUGGAAAUGGACUACAGAAAUCUCCCUCAGACUUUGCCGAGAUCUUGAGUCUGCUGCUUGAUGAAACAACUGGGCUUUCAGAGACCCUGCCAGGACAAGCGGAUUCAGUCAAGCAGACACCACCUAAGGGGAAUGGUAGAUUAAAGCUCGCGAAUUUAUCGCGUCGAAAGUCAGGGGCAACAUUCCAAGAGAUACGUGUUGCAUUUAAAAGGGCAUUGACGAAUAGACGAUUAGGAAUCACCAAGAAUGAACGUUUUGGGCUAUUUUCUCAGAGGGCCAGGGGAGGAGAUGAGUUUUAA